CCCCCUGGUCCCGCUUCUUCGGUGCAGGUGGAAGGUGGAACUUGGCAUCCUUUAGUAAAGACAAGGAGAAGAAGCUGGAUGAUGACAGUAACAGCCCGACUGUCCCCCAGUCGGCCUUCCUGGGGCCCACCUUAUGGGACAAAACCCUUCCAUACGAUGGAGAUACUUUUCAGUUGGAAUACAUGGACUUGGAGGAGUUUCUGUCGGAAAAUGGCAUACCCCCCAGCCCAUCUCAGCAUGACCACAGCCCUCACCCGCCAGGGCUGCAGCCGGCUUCCUCCUCAGCCCCUUCCGUCAUGGACCUCAGCAGUCGGGCCUCUGCACCCAUCCACCCGGGCCUCUCCUCCCCUAACUGCAUGCAAAGCCCCAUCAGACCAGGUCAGCUGUUGCCAGCAAACCGCAAUACACCCAGUCCCAUCGAUCCUGACACCAUCCAGGUCCCAGUGGGCUAUGAGCCAGACCCGGCAGAUCUUGCUCUCUCCAGCAUCCCUGGUCAGGAAAUGUUUGAUCCUCGCAAACGCAAGUUCUCCGAGGAAGAACUGAAACCACAGCCCAUGAUUAAGAAAGCUCGCAAAGUCUUCAUCCCCGAUGAUCUGAAGGAUGACAAGUACUGGGCGAGGCGCAGAAAGAACAACAUGGCAGCCAAGCGCUCCCGCGAUGCCCGGCGGCUGAAGGAGAACCAGAUCGCCAUCCGGGCGUCGUUCCUCGAGAAGGAGAACUCGGCCCUGCGCCAGGAGGUGGCCGACUUGCGGAAGGAGCUGGGCAAAUGCAAGAACAUACUUGCCAAGUACGAGGCCAGGCACGGGCCCCUGUAGGAGAUGGCAUUCUUGCGGGCUGGCGUUUGACUAGAUGGACAGCUUGUUUCCUGUCUGAUAGCACCACACCCAAACCAACCUUUCUGUCAUCAGCACUUUACCAGAGGCACAGACACAACUGACUCACAUUUCGGUGUGCAUCUCCGUGCGUGCGUGUGUAUGUGCUUGUGCUCAUGUGUGUGCGUUUGUGUUGUCAGCCGUGUGUGCGUGCGCGUGUGUGCGUGCACUCCUUUGCACUUGCCAUUUGAAGAAGCCCUCUCUCCAUCUUUUUGUUCCAAAAGAGAAAGGUGCCAUGUUUCUACUGGACUGGGGAGACCCCUCGUGGGCCUCCCUCCCUUGUUCCCUUCUCCUCUCCUCCCUUUGCAAAGUUAGCUUCUGUUCUCUUGCAGGACCCACACCUUGGAAUUUAAUGGCAAGGGCCAUCGUAAAGCUCAGUUUUCAAGCAAGAGUCCACACUCUUGUUUAUGUUUAAUCUGUUAAGUUACCAUGCUAAGAAGGUGCAUAAAAAUAACUUAGCACUACAGUGCAGCUGUAUUAAUUUAU